AUGCUGCUACUCGCCGGUAUCUACUUGCAGUAUCACAUCUCUCCGCUUUUGUCCCACACAGCGGCACAUCUUCAGAUGCCCGAUGCUGCGGCCGCAGGAGAGAUCCGAGGUUUGAUCCAGCUGAGCUUCUUCGUGCCAGUCACGGCUCUGCUGCUGAUUUGCUACGUUCGCAGUAUUCUGACACAUCCGGGCGAGAUCCCUGACGAUCCGAAGUGGGAGUACAUGCCCCGGGACAAGCUUGUGGCUCUAGCACCACUGAGCUUGCAGGAAACCAAGAAAUCAGGCGAACGCAGGCAUUGCAAGUGGUGCGGCAAGUACAAGCCAGACAGAUGCCAUCAUUGCCGAGUCUGUCGCACAUGUAUUCUGAAGAUGGAUCACCACUGCCCAUGGAUUUACAACUGCGUGGGCUGCUUCAACUACAAGUUCUUCAUCCUGCUCCUCUUCUACUCUGCACUGGACUGUCACCUCAUUGUAUGGUCCAUGAGCGAGUCCGUCAUGCGCUGUGUGAACAUCGAGGAGACACCCUUCAAAGAGAUGUGA